AUGACCCCGACGGUGGCGGCGGCAGAGGCGGUCGGCGAGGAUGGCCGCUGGGGCGAGGAGGUGGAGCCGAUGACCCCGGCGGUGGCGGCGGCGGAGGGGUCCCAGGGGGCUCGAGGACCGACGUCUGAUGCGGUCGUGGUUCCUCGCCGUCAAGAACUAGAUCGAGCGCACGUCGGCGGUAGCCGUCCAGAGGAAGAGGAGGAGCACCCUGCGCCGGUUCGGCGGCCGUGGAACGGAGGAGAGGGAGAGAAAGGCCACCGGUGGCCCCAUGAAGGCUGA